ACCUCUCAAUUGUCUUCAUUCUCAGGUCAAUAUUUUAAUGAUCCUAUCUCUAUUAUGAUUACACAAGUGGUGGACUACUUUAGUUACAAAACUCAAACUCAAAAAUUCUAGCUAACAAACUCUAGUUCAGUUCAAAUGUCUCAAUGGAACUUUCUCUUCAGUUCAAUCAUCAUCACAUUCUUGUACUUCAAUCUCAAUCUUUUUCUCACAAAUUCUGAAACAAUUGUCAAAAAUCUUGAAUACCCAUGUAAGCCUCCAUAUAAUUCCUACCCAUUCUGUGAUACUUCUCUGCCAAUCACAACCAGGGCUCAAUCUAUAAUUUCUCACUUGACUCUCCCUGAGAAAAUCCAACAGCUUUGUAACAAUGCCUCAGGGAUUCCAAGGCUUGGAAUCCCUGCUUAUGAAUGGUGGUCUGAGUCACUUCAUGGGAUUGCUACUAAUGGACCUGGAAUCACUUUUAAUGGCACAAUUCAGGCUGCUACAAGUUUUCCUCAGGUUAUUGUGACAGCCUCUGCUUUUAACAGGACUUUGUGGUACGCGAUCGGGGCGGCUAUAGGAGUGGAAGCUAGAGCAAUGUACAAUGUUGGCCAAGCUGGAUUGACCUUUUGGGCACCUAAUAUUAACAUUUUUAGGGACCCCAGAUGGGGGAGAGGCCAGGAGACACCUGGAGAGGAUCCGAUGGUUGCGUCGGCUUUUGCUGUUGAUUUUGUGAGAGGGUUCCAGAGGGAGAAGGCCAGUGGUGGUGGUGGAAAUGUGAAGAGAGUUGUUAGGAAGAGAAGUUUGAGUGAUGGUGAUGAUGAUGGGAAUGAGGGCUUGAUGUUGUCUGCUUGUUGCAAACAUAUGAUUGCUUAUGAUUUGGAGUUGUGGAACAAUUUUGCUAGAUAUAAUUUCAAUGCUGUGGUCACAGCGCAAGAUAUGCAGGACACAUAUCAACCACCAUUCCAGAGCUGCAUCCAACAAGGGAAAGCAAGCUGCUUAAUGUGUUCGUACAAUGCAGUAAACGGGAUACCUGCAUGCGCAGAUAAGGAAUUAUUGCAGAAAGCUCGGAAUGAUUGGGGUUUCGAGGGAUAUAUCACCUCUGACUGUGAUGCUGUGGCCACAAUAUUUGAAUAUCAAAAUUACACAAAAAGUCCUGAGGAUGCAGUUGCCAUUGCUCUUAAAUCAGGAACGGAUAUUAAUUGUGGAACAUAUAUGCUAUUUAACACCAAAUCUGCCAUAGAACAAGGAAAGGUGCAAGAAAUGGACAUAGAUAAGGCUCUGCUUAAUCUGUUUCUAGUUCAACUCCGACUUGGACUUUUUAAUGGAGAUCCUACUAAAGGUCCUUACGGAAAAUUAGGACCAAAAGAUGUCUGCAGCACAGAACACAAGACACUGGCACUUGAAGCAGCAAGACAGGGCAUUGUGCUUUUAAAGAACAGAAAUAAGUUUCUACCUUUCAACAAGGAUAGCAUUUCUUCAAUAGCUGUUAUUGGUCCACUGGCAAAUAAUACAAGUAAAAUGGGUGGUGGUUAUACAGGUAUUCCUUGUAGCCCAAAAAGCAUUUUUGAGGGUCUCCAGGCAUAUGUAAAGAAUGUAAAUUACGCACCAGGAUGCCUGGCAGUGUCUUGCGAAUCCACUUCUGGUUUUGAGGAAGCUAUUUCUAUUGCUAAAGAUGCUGAUAUUGUAGUCAUUGUUGCUGGUUUGGAUUUGUCCCAAGAAACUGAAGAUCAUGACAGAUAUAGUCUCCUUCUACCAGGUUUUCAGAGCAAGCUUAUUACCACUAUUGCAGCUAUAAGUAAAAAGCCACUGGUUUUAGUCAUAACCGGUGGUGGGCCUAUUGACCUCUCAAUGGCCAACGGAGAUGAAAGAAUUGCCAGCAUUCUGUGGAUUGGUUACCCAGGAGAAGCCGGGGGCAAUGCACUUGCAGAAAUCAUUUUUGGAGAUUAUAAUCCAGGUGGACGGCUUCCCUUGACUUGGUAUCCAGAGGCAUUCACAAGCGUACCAAUGAAUGAUAUGAACAUGAGAGCUGAUCCCUCACGGGACUAUCCUGGAAGAACUUAUCGAUUUUACACUGGCAAGGUAGUAUAUGGAUUUGGAUAUGGCCUCAGCUUCACAAAUUACACUUACAAGCUCCUCAACGCGCCCAAGCAACUAACAUUGUCAGGAUCUAUCAGCCCAGAAUCCAAGAGGAAAAUACAAUUGCAAAUAGGAGAAGGAUAUCAACUGGACUAUAUUAACCUCGAUGAGGUUGAGUCCUGUAAUUCAUUGAAAUUCAAUGUGCAAGUCUCAGUAAUGAAUGAAGGGGAAAUGGAUGGAAGCCAUGUUAUCAUGUUAUAUUCUAGAGUUACAAAUGAACAUGCUGGUGCUCCGAGAAAACAACUGAUUGGAUUUGAUCGUGUACAAACUACAUCAUACAGAGGUACCGAAUCUAGUUUCUUAGUAGAUCCUUGUAAUCAUUUCAGUUUUGCAAAUGAGCAUGGUAAGAGAAUAUUGCCUCUGGGCGAUCAUGCUUUAGUAUUGGAAGAUCAAGAGCACAUUGUUUCGAUACAAAUAUGAUGAACUAAUUGAAUUGAAUAUUUGUAAGGCAUCGCCAUUACUGAUUGUAAAGAAUGCGUAUGAUAAGCCUAAUGGAAUUCAGAUGUUUUUACAGAA